GCUAAACUGCCUAAAACCCACAAACGAUUUCUCUCUCUCGCUCGCACUGCUCAUACUUCGCAGCGGCGAGAGAACCAAAAGCCGUCCUCUUCCUCUGCUUCUCAAUCUCUUGCUCUUUCGUCUAAUAGAUCAGUAACAAAGGCUUAAUUUUGGAAGUUGAUGGCGUCGAAGUUGCAUCAGUUGCAGUCUAAGGCUGUCCAAGCUUCACAGUUUGUUUCAAAGCAUGGAGGUGCUUACUACAAGCAGCUGUUGGAGCAGAACAAGCAAUUCAUUCAGGAGCCACCCACGGUGGAGAAAUGCAACCUCUUGUCCAAGCAAUUGUUUUACACUCGUCUUGCUAGUAUUCCUGGUCGUUAUGAGUCAUUCUGGAAGGAACUUGAUUAUGUCAAGCAUUUGUGGAAGCACAAGCAAGAGUUGAAGGUCGAAGAUGCUGGUAUUGCUGCUUUGUUUGGGCUGGAAUGCUUUGCCUGGUUUUGUGCUGGUGAGAUAGUGGGAAGGGGUUUUACUAUCACUGGUUACAAAGUCUGAGGAUAAUUACUGUUUAAGGGGCUUGAAUGUGUAAGCUUCUCAUGUCAUUGCGUGAUCUGAAACAUGAGAACCCCGAUUUUAAAUUUUUGUUUCUUCUGCAAAAUUUUUGAAGCUGAGAAAUCAGUUGGAAUCUCUGGUAGCCUUAAUAAUCCAUGUACUUGAAAGUAACUUCGUAUGUACCUUGCUGUUACUUUGUUAUUGACGUUGAAAGCUAUUGGCACCGCCGCUGCUGAAUGAAUCAUAAUACUGCAAAUCUGCAUUGGUUUACUA